CAUUGGCAUUCCUCAUCCGAGAAACACAAGGCAUACAGCUCAUUGUUUCCUUGGCCCUACAGCGGCUUGCUGAGCUCUCUGGGAGUUGUAGUUUUGGUUCGUGACCCUCUGGGUAACCACGGAAGGUCGCGCUGAAAGUAAAGGAAAUGACCUCUAUGGUGCGCUGGGGUCUCUGGGGGUGGUAGUCAAAAAGCUCCGAGGUCCAUCGGGGUAGCGCGCGAUAGCCGAGGCCAAAGAACUGCAACUUCCAGCAUGCUCUGCGCCGGCGAACUUUCUCUUGCUCUUCCCCUCUCGACGGUCCUCUUUCGCCCCCUAGUCUGUGCCGCACAGCGUGGCUAGGAAGGCUGGUCCGGCGGCGGAGGCUGUUGCUGUGCUGAGAGGCAGGGCUCGGUGUGGAAGAGAUGAAUCGGACAAAGGGUGAUGAGGAAGAGUAUUGGAACAGCUCCAAGUUCAAGGCUUUUACCUUUGAUGAUGAAGAUGAUGAGCUCUCACAGUUAAAGGAAUCCAAGCGGGCAGUGAAUAGCCUUCGAGACUUUGUGGAUGACGAUGAUGAUGAUGAACUGGAGCGAGUCAGCUGGAGUGGCGAACCUGUGGGAAGUAUCUCAUGGUCCAUCAAAGAGACUGCUGGUCAUAGUGGGUCAACCCAUGAAGGACGCGAACAGCUAAAGAGCCGAAAUAGUUUCUCCUCCUAUGCACAACUACCCAAACCUUCUUCUACCUACUCCCUGAGCAGCUUCUUUAGAGGUAGAACUAGACCUGGAAGUUUCCAGUCUCUUUCUGAUGCUUUGUCUGACACACCUGCUAAAAGCUAUGCUCCAGAGCUGGGGAGGCCCAAGGGGGAGUAUAGAGAUUACAGCAAUGACUGGAGCCCCAGUGAUACAGUGCGACGCCUCCGAAAAGGCAAGGUCUGCUCACUGGAAAGAUUCCGCUCCUUACAGGACAAGCUACAACUCCUAGAAGAGGCAGAAAGCAUGCAUGAUGGAAAUGUCAUUACUGCAGUUCUAAUCUUUCUGAAGAGGACGCUGAGCAAAGAGAUCCUCUUCCGAGAGCUGGAGGUGCGACAGGUUGCCCUCAGACAUCUCAUUCACUUCCUUAAGGAAAUAGGGGAUCAGAAGCUGCUUAUAGACCUCUUCAGGUUCCUAGACAGAACAGAAGAGCUUGCGCUAUCCCAUUAUCGAGAGCAUUUGAAUAUUCAGGACCCUGAGAAGCGAAAAGAGUUUCUUAAGACCUGUAUUAGUUUGCCAUUUUCAGCAGAAGAUUCUGCACAUAUACAAGACCACUACACACUCCUGGAACGGCAGAUCAUUAUUGAGGCUAAUGAUCGACAUCUAGAGUCAGCAGGACAGACUGAGAUCUUCCGAAAGCAUCCCCGCAAAGCUUCCAUCCUCAAUAUGCCACUAGUGACAACACUCUUUUACUCCUGCUUCUAUCACUAUGCGGAAGCUGAGGGGACAUUCAGCAGUCCCAUCAACCUGAAAAAGACAUUUAAGAUCCCAGACAAACAGUAUGUGCUGACAGCCCUGGCUGCUCGUGCCAAGCUUCGAGCCUGGCAUGAUGUUGAUGCCCUCUUCACUACAAAGAACUGGUUGGGUUACACCAAGAAGAGAGCACCCAUUGGCUUCCAUCGAGUUGUGGAAAUUUUGCACAAAAACAGUGCUCCUGUCCAGAUUUUACAAGAGUAUGUCAAUCUGGUGGAAGAUGUGGACACAAAGUUGAACUUAGCCACUAAGUUCAAGUGCCAUGAUGUCGUCAUUGAUACCUGCCGAGACCUGAAGGAUCGUCAGCAGUUGCUUGCAUAUAGAAGCAAGGUAGACAAAGGAUCUGCAGAGGAGGAGAAAAUUGAUGCCAUUCUCAGUAGCUUGCAAAUUCGAUGGAAGAAUUGAGUGGCAUUAGCCGCCCUGAAACCUGCCUCAUUUCUUUCUUUCCUGCCUGCGAAAGUAGAGAGCUCUUCUUUGGGAGAGUUAUAGCGUCACAUCAUUUGGGCCCAUCAGCAGGCAGUACCUGCUACUCUUGGAACAGAAACCAACCUGGGCACAGGUAGCUUCAGACUGAUUUUCUGUCUAAGGCAAGGCACAUCAUUUAAGGGCCAAGAUCUAACACUUUGACUCGUGAGAAAGAUACUCUCUACCUGGUGCUCAUGUGAAGGUGGGAGCCCAUACUGGGUAAGAUCUCUCUUGGUUUGAGAAAAGUGACUGCUCCCCAAAGGAAGUUUCCCAGACUAAGAAGAAGCAGUGUCACAGGGUGGCUGCUCCAUUCUGCUCAGUUAAUUAUGGGCAUUAACAGUUUUGCUGUGAAGGAAGUCACAACAGAACCAAAAAGGCUGUCUUCCAAGGACCUCAGGAAAGGGUGCCAGUAUUGCUCAGGACCUGCUGGAGCCACCUAAACCAGACUGCACAGAGCCCUCCACUUUAUGGCAGACAUUGCCCAGAUGUUAUAUUUCUUCAGCCACUAUCCCUCUGCUGCUUCAGUCUACUCUUUGUCCAAAAACUUAGAGAUCCUCUCUCAGCUGCACACUGGGAUGACCUUGUUUGGGUGAUAAGACAUCCCUCUUAUCUUCUCCUUCUGUCCCAACCCCCAACUUACAUGGAGCUCAGAUUCAGCAGUGCUGGAGAGCUCUCCCUUUAGGAAAAUUUCAUUAUUUCACUGGAAGUGUUCAGAAGUUUCACCUGGGCUAACUCAGCAGCAUUUCUGUGAGGAUAUCUAGAUGGAGGUUUUAUUUUCACACUUGACUUUUGAGAGGAUGUUCUAUCAUGCUAAUUUCUGCUCUGUACCAAUAUCAGCCUCCUCUUUGUGAUUCACCUGGGCUUUCUUGACAUGCCUAGACUCCUAAUAAAGCCAUUUCGUCUUUGGUGCCUUCUCUUCCCUA